UGAACUUUAUUUUAGUCUUAUUUUCGAACUUAAUCACAAAACGCGUACUCAACGUCGCACGAAAUGAAAGUCGACCAGUUCGGCGAUGAUCACCACUUUUUAUUAAGCUGCGGUUAUCGUAUAUCGUGAAGUAAUUGAAACAUAUUGUUGAUCCUUCGAAGUUGAGCUAAUGAAAUGAAAUUGUUGAAAAUUCAGAUGAUGCAGGAUCCUUACCGAAGCCCUUCGAAGCAUUGUUCCUGCGAGAAUCAGAAAACUUUUUUUGUCAAUAACAAGCAUCGAAAUAUGUCGUUCCAACUGCAACUUGAUCCAGAAUUACAAAAGCUGAUAGAAGAUUUCACAUCCGUGCGUCAGAGGUUCUCAGAUCUAGCGAGCUCAUUUGCGCAACAACAGGCACUGUUGGCCUCACAACAGGAAGAGUUGAAAAAUGCCAACCAGUUGGUAUCGAGCUUGAAGCACACAGAGAAUGAAAAUUAUAGAUUAAAAAAAUCAUAUGAGCAGCUGAAACGUGAUUACGAGCUCCUCUAUUCAUCAUCAGGGAAACACAGGGACGAAGUCCAUGCAGAGAAUAAAAAACAUGUUAAGGAAUUAGAAGAAGAACUGAAACUAGCGAGAGCCAAGUAUUCGGCGCAGGCCGAGUCCCAUCAAAGAAGUGUUGCUCAAAUCAUUGCCGACUACGAAGCCAAACUGCGAGAUGCAAACGACAAGAUACGUCAGCAUUCAAUGUCUAAGGGUAUCAGAGAUACCGGAACUCCGAAAACUGCAGGCCAUGAGGAGAACAUAAUCCCGAUAUUUCAGAAUAUCUCAUCUCAAGCUCCCAGCAAUAAUAAGUGGCCAAAACUACAGGUGAAAAUUACUCCACGAGGAGGCUCUACGAGGAGAGGGAGAGGGAGAGGAAGGGGUACUGCGUCAAAAAGAAAGCUUUACACGGUGAACGAUGACAACGACGUCGAUAUGAUCUGAAUCGUGCGUUGGAAAAUCAAAGACCACCUUCGACAUGAACUCACAUUCUCUUGAUGAUUAAAGUUAUAUUUAUCUAUGAUACAUAAAUCUUGUGCAAAACUAUAUUCGCACUCCUAGUAAUGCAGCUCUAUAAUAUUAAACUUUAGAGAUAUUCUUUCGAUCAGAAUAUCUGCAGUCAUUUUGAAGGUACCCCAACGGCGUAAGCUAUUCUACUCGAAAAAUUUCCGUCAAUUCUUCAUUUUACGAUGCAGCGAGUUCCAGCUUUUGGCAUAAUCGAUUCUAAGGUGACCAUAAGUAUUUAAUCCCAGUUGUUUUGUCGAUGAUGAUUUUGCUACCUUUGCCAAUUCAAUUUCCUGCAGUGAUCCGUGGAAAGGACAGGGACACUCUUCCCUAGAAAACGUAAAAAUU